AUGCCUAUCAAGCUACCGAAGAGCUUUGCUCGGCGAAAGUCAUCUGGCAACGUUCUAGAGGACGUGGAGAACCAACCGCAAUCGUCCUUUCGGGUCUUUGAACGUCCAAGUCCCCAGCGAUCCAUGACAGACGGUGCGCCCCUCACCAAGCGGAUGAGCGAGGGGAAUGCGGUUUCCGCCAUGGAAGACUCCGACAACAUUUUCGCGGGCACAGAGCAACCAUUGGGCAAGAAUCGUGUUCCUCAUCCACCCAACCUUCCUCCACCGAGAUUGCGUCGCCCGAAGACCCCUCCCCCGCAUUCCCGAAUUCAUGAUAUCCCCGUUCCACCCCCGCUCUCUGGGGGUAUACGUGCUGCGGCAGGCAGGACCUUUUCCUUUGGCGGACGAUUCAAUAAAUCUGCUUCACCAGCUCCCCCACGAAACGUUACACCAGACCAAUCCAAAAGGCAACGAGCUGUGAGCGGCACUACGGAUGAAACGGCCACCCCACCGAAGCUUGCCGACGAGGACUUUAACUUGGGAGGUGAUGAUUUUGGAAAAAUGUUUGAUCAUUUAGGAAAGCGAGAGAGUGUAAUGAUGAGAGACCCCUCCCCUCAGCGGGCCAAUCAUUUAUCGUCAACGCCACCGACGCAAGCUUUGGCGGAAUUUUACAAUACAGGUCGUGCUGCGCGGCCUCCACCAAUUGACACGGAUCGAUCAGCACAGGUUGAGCCUCCCCCUCAGUCAUGGAAUAGCCACCACUCGGCGGAGGGUUUGCUCAAUGACCCCGAGGAGGCCCGAGGCAACAGAUUUUCGCCCGCCCAAUCUACCCCCGAGACAGUUACUGGGUUCCGUCAACAAUCCCCAGGUCCUAACCAACUGUCUAGUGCUACCACUUCUCACCGGUCUUUAGAUCGGCCCAAAAGACAGUCGGACAUGGGAUUGCGACGAAGCAUAAUUUACUACGGCGACCGAGAUUCGAACACCAUUGACGACGAAGAUGCUGCUAUGGUUAGAAGUUCUCUCGCGUGGAGCAAGGACAGCAGCAGUUCUCCCCCGGCGCGGAUGGGGGGCAUGUCUCCGUCCAAUAGCACCCCGCUUCUCAAGACCAGCCCUACACCCUUGAGCCCAGAGCCACCAUCGAUGUUCUCAGAUCUGCAAUCGCCUGCUUCGACUAGUCACAUGGACGCAUCUACCGCGCGAAAUGCCCGGCUUGCUGUUCAAUUCGCCGAAAAUAUGCCACGAACGGUGUCUCCGGGUAACAAGGUGAUGACUCCAUCCCAAUUUGAGCAUUAUCGCCAGCAACAAGAACUUCGACGUUCGAACAGCGAUGCCUCCAAGAGCGAGGAUGAAUCAGACCAUGACGAUUUUGAUGAACAAGAUGAGGCUGAAAAGCAGCGUGAGGCCGAAAAACAGCGACGGAAGCAAGAGGCUCAUUUAUCUGUAUAUCGCCAGCAGAUGAUGAAAGUGACUGGUCAGCAGGCCCCCUCGCCGUCACUUCGCCCGGCGAUGAGUGGUGGUAGCAGCAGCACACCCAACCUUCCCGUCUACCUGGCCAGCUCGGGUGACAAGUCUUCGAGUGGGAAAAGCGGCGAGGGUGAGGACGAUGAUGUCCCGUUGGGCAUUCUUGCAGCCCAUGGAUUUCCCAAUCGCAACCGCCCGCCGACUCGCCUCGCCAAUGUUAGCUCUAACCCGAAUCUUCGAGCUUCUAUGAAUCCGUAUGCAUCCUCCACCAGUUCUCUCGUUGGUGCCGAGCAACAACGGGGCAGCUUGCCUGUUUUCGCUAGAAACCUCCCACAGGACCCCUACUUCGGUGCUAGUCUUGUCAAUUCGACCAACCGAGAGUCUCUGGCUAUGGGUGGUGGCUCAGUAUACGGUGGUCCUGCUGUAACACCACCAGUGCCUCAUGGAGGUCUUAUUGGAGUGAUUGCGCAGGAGGAACAGGCACGCGCUAUGAGAAGAGGUAGCCCUAACACUCAGGCGAUGUACGAUAUGGGAGGUGUGCCCCGGCCAUACUCCAUGAUGGGAGCAGCUCAACAAAUGUCUCCAUCAGAGCAGGCACAGGCUCAGCUAUCGGCCCAGAUGUCCAACAUGAUGCAGAUGCAGAUGGAGUGGAUGCAGCAGAUGAUGAGCAUGCAGGGUAUGCAGGGUACUCCGCCGCCAAUGAUGCACGGUGGUAUGUCAACACCACCCAUGAUGGGCGGCGGGCCUAUGCCAGGAGCUCCCAUGGGCCCUCCGUCUAUGGCUGGUCCUAUGAUGGGAGGUCCUCCUUCCGUCUCUAGUCACUCCAACAUGAUGAGACCAGCCUCCAUGCCCGGCUUCGUGCCUCAAACCCCCAACAAUUACGACCCGCGUACUUUGAGCAUGAUUGACCCCAACAUUUCCACGCGCCGAACCGGUUCCCCGAUGCCUAAUCUGUCCGGUCAGCCUUUCCAAAAUAAUUCCCCAGGCUACGCACCAUCAAUCGCUCCCUCUGAGCGCAGCAAUGCAGGACUAUCAUCUCGAUAUCGCCCAGUCUCUGCCCUUCCGGCUGACCUCAACCACCAUGCCUCGCCGCUACACAAGUCCUGGAAUGAUGAAAAUCGCCCGAACUCGAACAUUCCCAUGUCCCAGUCCCCGGGCAGCAAUCCGAAAUCAUCCUCAAUUGCCACGGUGACUGUACGACCCGUCUCACAGGCCAGUCAAGCCGGUCCCGGCAUGCGAAAGAUGCAGAAUGCAUCAGACGAUGAAGACGACGAUGAGGCUUGGGCCGAUAUGGUGAAGAAGCGAGAGAAGAAGAAGAGCAACUGGAAGUUGAAGCGAGGUACUUCUUCCUUUGGAGAUCUGCUCAGUGUUGUGCAUUAA